CAGAAAAGCAGAACCAUGCUGAGCAAUUUCACAAAGCCUGCAGUGCAGCUUUGCUUUGAGAAUGUGAACGGAUCUUGCAUCAAAAUUCCCUAUUCGCCCGGGUCCCGGGUGCUUCUGUACACAGUGUUUGGCUUUGGGUCCCUGCUGGCUGUGUUUGGAAACCUCCUGGUGAUGACUUCAGUUCUUCAUUUCAAGCAGCUGCACGCUCCCACCCAUUUCCUCAUCGCCUCCCUGGCCGGAGCCGACUUUCUGGUGGGUGUGACUGUGAUGCCCUUCAGCAUGGUCAGGUCCGUGGAGAGCUGCUGGUAUUUUGGAAGCAAGUUUUGUACUUUUCACAGUUGCUGUGAUGUGGCUUUUUGCUACACAUCUGUCCUCCACUUGUGCUUCAUCUCCAUCGACAGGUACAUUGCUGUCACUGACCCUCUGGUCUAUCCCACCAAGUUCACCAUUUCUGUGUCAGGAAUUUGCAUUGGCAUCUCCUGGAUCCUGCCCCUGGUGUACAGCUGGGCUGUGUUUGCCACAGGUCUCAAUGAUGAUGGGAUGGAAAGCUUAGUAACUGCUCUUAACUGUAUAGGGGGCUGCCAAAUUGCUGUGAACCAAGACUGGGUUUUGAUAGAUUGCCUGUUAUUCUUCAUACCGACCUUUGUUAUGAUAAUUCUUUACAGUAAGAUUUUUCUUGUAGCUAAGCAGCAAGCAAUAAAAAUUGAAUCUACUAGUAGCAAAGCAGACUCAUCCUCAGAGAGUUAUAAAGCCAGAGUGGCCAAGAGAGAGAGAAAAGCAGCUAAAACCCUGGGGGUCACGGUGAUAGCAUUUAUGAUAUCAUGGUUACCAUAUACAAUUGAAACAUUAGUUGAUGCUUUUAUGGGCUUUAUAACCCCUGCCUAUAUUUAUGAGAUCUGCUGUUGGUGUGCUUAUUACAACUCAGCCAUGAAUCCUGUAAUUUAUGCUUUAUUUUACCCUUGGUUUAGGAAAGCCUUAAAACUUACUUUAAGUGGGAAAGUUUUUAAAAAUAGUUCAUCCACCAUUAGUUUGUUUUCAGAAUAA